CUUCUAGUCGUUGGUCCUCGUUUCAGUUUCAACUAUGAGAUGCUGACGAACCUUACCUCCGCGGGCUUCUCUGGCCACUGCAAGAACCUUGAGGUGGUGUCUCGGGCUACCAAGUUCAAAUUGGUUUCGAGGUGCCUUGAGAUUCUGGAGAUCCUCGAGGAUUUAGGAAAGCUGUUUGCGAGCGACGACGCCUGUAUUGUCCGUGCGAUGUCAGGUUGGGCCAGGGUGAGUUUCGCCCUCGUUCUUCUGGCAACGUACCGCAGCGCUCGGGGAGUGAUAGUUGCGUCUCCCAAGUGCAUCCCUGAGGAGUGGGAGCGCUUCCAG